AUGAGGCAAGAAUUUGUAGAUGGUGUCGAUGCUUUUGUUGGCUAUGCAAUGACACUUGAAACUUUUCUAAGUCAUGGUUUGGUUAGGUGCCCUUGUGUGAAAUGUCAAUGUAGGAAUUACGAGAAUCCAGAGAUUGUUAGGCUUCAUCUCUAUAAAGACGGCUUUCAAAAAGAUUAUACAGUGUGGACUAGUCAUGGAGAAAUGAAUAGUAGUUUUGGUAGAUUUCAAGACUUUGUUGUUGGUGAAAGUAGUAGGGCGGUGGAACCUAAUGUCCAAAAUUCUAGAAUGCACGACAUGGUUCAAGAUGCUUAUGGGAUGCAUUCCGAUUUUGAAUCCGGCAACCAUGGUGAAGAAGCUCCAAAUGAAGAAGCUAGUCGUUUUUUUGAACAGUUGAAAAAGGCUAGUCAGCCUUUAUAUGACGGGAGUCCCCACUCUCAAUUGUCUAUUGCUGUUAGAUUAUUAAGCAUCAAAGCAGAUUGGAAUGUUCCUCAAGGUGCAAUGGAUGCUGUGAUUGGCCUUAUACAUGAAUUAGUUGACCCAAAUUUAGAGAUACCUGAAAAUUACUAUAAGGCAAAGAGACUAGUGUCUAAGUUAGGGCUCUCGUCGAUGAGAAUUGAUUGUUGUGAAAAUGGAUGCAUGUUAUACUAUAAGGAUGACGAAGGUCUAGAAUCUUGUAAGUUUUAUGGAAGAGCUCGUUUUAAGCGGACUCGUAGCGGGAAGAGGGUUGCCGUUAAGGCAAUGCAUUACUUACCUCUUACACCAAGGUUAAAGAGGUUGUACGCAUCAAAUAGCUCCGCUCCUCAUAUGAGAUGGCACAGUGAAAAUAGAAGGCCGCCUGGUGUUAUGUGUCAUCCAUCAGACGGAGAGGCUUGGAAACAUUUUGACACAACAUAUCCAGACUUUGCGGCUGAACCACGAAACAUUAGGUUGGGUUUAUGUUCCGAUGGAUUCACUCCACAUUCUGUUUCUGCUGCACCAUAUUCUUGCUGGCCUGUUUUUUUUAACACCAUAUAA